AUCUACAGGAUUUCGCAAUAAGAUUCCCAAAAAAUGCAUCACCCACAAGUCGUAAUCGGAGAUAGGUUAUCUCCGAACGCACUGCUUCAUUAACAAAAUUUCACUUCCAGCACAUUUUGACAUAUGUGAAUUGUCUUGGUUGUAAACAAUGCAUGAACCAUUGCAUGAGAAAUAAUCAAGUAUGGAGGAAAAUGCAGCCUCAUGUAUUAUUCAUUUUGGUGAUAUUUCAAAUGAAUUCUUGCGACAAUUUACUGCUGUGUCGCUUUCGAAAUUUAUACAUUGCCGGAAACAAUGGUUGACGUUAACUGGCGCUCAAAAUGAGGUAGCAGUAAACUCUCUAGAGUACUUUACAGACCUCGACGAAGAAAAAUUCUCUAGCGAUGAAACAAUUCCCCAGCGUAGCUUGCAAUAUCACAUCGACUGUUACCGAAGGUUUACAGACAAGACUAAAAUUGAGAGAGCACAGCGUUCCGCCAAAGCUUUACCAGGCAAAAGCAAAAUCAGCGAACCUGCGGCGAAAAAAACCAAGGUUGACUCAGAAGAAUACACAACGACACGAGGUAGACUUUCACGAGCUGCUGCAGCUGGAUCUAAAUCCACCCAUGUCUUACCAAGAGUGUGUUUAAUAUGCAAGAAAGAAGAACUGACGUACACUUGCCCGGUAACCAAGAAAAGAACAAUUCAAAAAUUGACUCAAAGCCAGACAUUUGAUGCAGGUAAAUUACGACUAGCAGCAAAAAAAAAGAUGAGUCCAUUUUAA